GUGAAAAUCACAUGUUUUUGUUUGUAUCACUUAAUCGUGUAUUGAACGGACAGACAGUCAAGUGGUGUCCAGUCUAUCGGUCCCUUCAAUGCCUUUAUAUGAGUUCCGUUACGCGCCGUAUGUCUGGCGGCUAUUGAAUGGUGUCUUCUGUGUCUAUAAACCGCACAAUAAGUCCAUUCAAUCCACUCGCAGAUCAUUACUGUCCAAACUCUGCGAUGAUCUCAAUGCCAUGGAGUGUCGGCCCGCAAGAGAGUUGGUCCACAUCUCCGGUCAACUGUCGAGUGGCGAGAGUCUGACGGUU